UCAAAACCAAAACAGUAACGUAGUUCGUCUUGCUAGCUAGCUAGUAACGGAAACAAGCUAACUAGAGACCAAACUGUACUAGUCACAGUUUUAAAAUAGAAAUUAUUAAAAUGUAAAUGCGGAACAAUACGCAUUAAUAUGUGACAUUCUUAUUUUUUAUAUUUCGGGGAAAACGUUAGCUAGCUUCGCUAGACUAGCUAGCUAUAUAAGCUAAGUAUGGGGUGUCUGCUGACCACUAAUGUCAUUGUGUCAUAAUGAUAUUGAAUAACUUGCAUAUCUGGCUAUACAGAUAGCAAACAAGCUAAAUAUUUAGCGACUUCGUUGGAAAUGAUAGCUUCUAGGCUAAUAUUGGCAGUCAGUUUUGCUAGAACAUCAAGCUAGCCUAAUCCACAAAUUAAACAGAAAAAAAACAACACGCUAACUUAACUGCGUUGCUGUAUAGCAAGACUUGACUGUUUUUCAGUCACUGAAAGUUGGGAUGGGUUCUGUUUCUUUGUGGUCAAAAUGGAGAAUAAGGAGACAGACGAGGUGGAGAAAUUAAAGACAAAAUUCAUGUCUGCUUGGCACAAUGUGAAAUACAGUUGGGUCCUUAAAUCAAAGACAUACUUCAGCAGAAAUUCUCCAGUUUUCCUACUUGGAAAAUGUUACCACUUCAAGGCUGAAGAUGCAGAGAGCCCCUUGGCAGGCAGCAGCAGUGACACAGACAGGGAUCUUGUCACUGCUGAUGUGGAGGCGUUCCGCAGGGACUUUGCCUCCCGCAUCUGGAUGACAUACAGAGAGGAGUUCCCUGCCCUGUGCGGGUCUGCCCUCACUUCAGACUGUGGCUGGGGUUGUGCCCUACGAGCGGGGCAGAUGAUGUUAGCGCAAGCCUUGCUCCUGCACUUUCUGGGCAGAGAUUGGACGUGGCCAGAGUCGCUGAACCUGCAGGCUCUGGACACAGAGUCGUGGACCAGCAGUGUGGCGAGGAAGCUGGCGGCUUCUUUCGAGGCGUCGCUGCAGGGGGAGAGGCCCCCCGACCCGCACCCCCUGCCCCCGGCGCAGGGCAGGGCCCAGGAGGCCUGCGUGCACCUGGGGGAGGUGUACCACCGCACCGUGCUGUCCUGGUUCGGCGACAGCCCCGCCGCGCAGCUGGGCGUGCACAGGCUGGUGGAGCACGGACGCUCCUCCGGGAAACGGGCCGGGGACUGGUACGGACCGUCCGUGGUGGCGCACAUUCUGAGAAAAGCUGUUGAGGAGGCAACAGACCCUGAAUUGCGAGGCAUAACCGUUUACGUUGCUCAGGACUGCACAGUGUACUGCGCCGAUGUUAUCGAUAGCCACGGGCAGCAGAAUCAACAGAGGCCAGACCCCGACGGCCGGGCGGGGAGCAGAGCCGUCAUCAUUCUCGUGCCCGUCAGACUCGGGGGCGAGAAGACCAACCCCGAGCACUUCGACUUCGUCAAGGGCAUUUUAAGUCUGGAGUACUGUAUAGGCAUUAUUGGGGGGAAGCCCAAGCAAGCCUACUACUUUGUGGGAUUUCAAGAUGACAGCUUGAUUUACAUGGAUCCUCAUUACUGCCAGUCUUUUGUAGAUGUCAGCACAAGCCAUUUCCCUCUAGAGUCCUACCAUUGCCCAUCGCCAAAGAAGAUGCCUUUCAGUGCAAUGGACCCAAGCUGCACGAUUGGGUUUUACUCCAGAAGUGUUCAGGACUUUGAGAAGAUCAGUGAGGAACUGGCAAAGGUCCUGAGGCCCUCGGCGAAAGAGAAAUACCCGGCGUUCACCUUUAUGAAAGGUCACGGACAGGAUUAUGACCUCUGGGGGCCGCCGGCCCCGGAGCGCAGAGAGUGGCCCUUCCCGGGGGCCGGCAGGAGGCCGGGGGCCACGGCGGGAGAUUUCGUGCUGCUGUGAGGACGUCAAGGUCAGAUCGCAGUUUCAGGACGCGGGCCCAAUGAAAUCGGGGCUCACUUAAUGCCUCCGACACAUUACCCGGCCCAGGCUCGGCGUCCGUGCCCACGUCAGACACACAGUGCUAACCCACACUGUUUUCAGGAUGGAAUAUUACUGAGAGAAAUGUGUCCUUCGUUUUACUGUGUUUCUGUUGGUUUGCUUUGGGGAGACUUAUAUGAUUCCCACAAUUAGACUUAUGGUAGGAAUGUUAGUUGGCAGGGGACGGAAAGUGCAUGUUGUAUGGGGUUGAGCGGGAUUGUGUAGCGCGUAGCUAAGUGUGCAGCGUCUGUACAGGGAAAGGGUAAGGUGCCUUCCCGCAGUGGAGCUGUAGCACAACCAAAAAGCCGCUGCCCUCAUGAGCGAUUCACCGCUGCCCUGUUGUACAUGUAAGCGACUACAACAGUAGAGGAAUUCACUGUGAUUCUAGUACGGAGCCUUACACAGAAAAACACAUUCGCCUUGAAUGUGCUUUGAGUAUGAUUUUAAGACUUAGUGAAGUCUUAGCGUGUUUUCUUUUUAUGCAAUGUCAUUUGUUAAAAUUAUAUUGUGUUUUUUUAAUGCAAAUGGAGAUGCAGUAUCUGGAAGUAAAAUCUCAGUAUUAAGUAUAUGUGGUCUUGUAAUUCAGGCAAGUUAAACUGAAUUUUUUCAGAGCCAUUUGAUUGAAAAUGGGUCUUCAUGUAAAAAACAUUUCAAAUCAUGUUUAAAAUGUUUGUCAUUUUAGGUCUCGAAAAAGCAGUCCAUCCCCUUUACAUGUUGAUACUAAAUAGCCCAUGCCUCUUCUACCGUACACUAUAUCAAAAUCACUUCAGCGAAAGUUACACUAGUUACCUGAUUUAAGUGCAGAUUUUCUUCUGUAUAGCUAGCUAACACCAUUUGAUUGUUGAAUGAAUUAACUAAUGUUCAGUGUGUCAGUUUUUCUUUUGAAGCUACUGCAUUAAGGGAAUGUAUCCUACCAAUGCUGACGGCUUCAACAUCAACACUGUGGAGAUGUGUCUUAAGUCAACAGUAAUGCACAUUUUCUGUUUGCUUCCACAAAUGCCUUUUGCACAACGCAAUUGUGCGUAAAAAGCUGUCUGUUCAGUUGUAACAUGAAUAUUGACUGCCACACUGCUGUGCAAAUGGCUACAAUAAAGUAAGACACUUACGGUGCUGGA